AUGGUAAAUUAUUACUACAACGAGUUUUUUGCGGAUGGCAAUGGUUCAACCGAUGAGGAGGUUGAGCAAGAGGCGGUUACGAGUGCUUGUCAACUAGCGAUGAGAUAUGUCGAGCAUUGUCGUCGCCCCCAAGCAAAAAAAGGUAAAAGAGGUUAUAUUGAACGAGACCGACACGGGGCACACGAUCGUUUGAUGAAAGAUUAUUUUGAUGAGGAGCCGACAUAUUCGAACGAAAUGUUUAGGCGUCGUUUCCGAAUGAGUAAGCGGUUAUUUCUACGCAUAGUCGACGACUUGGAAGCCAACUACGAUUAUUUUAAACAAAAAGCGGAUGCGAGAGGGGAACUUGGAUUUACCGGUAUCCAAAAGUGUACGUCGGCGUUACGAAUCCUUGCUUAUGGAAACACUACCGACAUCAAUGACGAGUAUCUAAAAAUGGCGGAGAAAACAACGAGAGAUAGCUUGGAGCAUUUUUGUCGCGGUAUAAUUGAUGUGUACGGUGCGCGUUAUCUUAGAAUGCCCAGAAUUAUGUGCCAGAAGCCGUUCAAGAGGAGCAUCCACAGGCGUCAAUGGAAGAAAGAGUGA